UUGUUCAGAAGUGUAUAAGUAAUAUUAAUUAUAAUACAUUUUUAAAGUUAAAUUGUUAAAUCGGAAGGCUGUAUCAUAUUUUUUGACAAAAUUUAAAAUGCUUUUUUAAUGCAAUUCAAUCUGAUGAAACCGGCUCGUUUUCUUAGGCUGCAUUUGAAAGUGGAGUUUAUUUUUAUUUUGAUUUCUGUUAGAUGAUAACUAGUACCUGUCCUAGUAAACCAUACUUAACAGUAGUUUUUAAAUUGGCGCUGGGCAUCAUUUUUAUGGAGCAUUAUGGUGUUUAAUGACUGAAAAACAUAUUUUAUUUUGAUAGGCUGAAGAAUGGUUAGAGGGAAGAGAAAAACAAAACCUAUCUCUACUAAGUAUAGGGAUUCAACGGAGGAAGAGAACACUGAUUUAAGGAUGACUAAAAGGCAGUUCCAAGGGAAGUUAUCUCACAAUCCUACGUCUCCAGCUCCGAUCACACGCUUCUUCCCACCACAGGUGCCUAAGGCUGAGCAGCCUUCCCCUCAAAUACCCGUUGUGAUUGGUAGGACCUCCCCUCGCCGCCACGCCAGCACCAUCUGUGUUUUGCAGCAACAACAAAAUAAUCGCAAUGUCACUCGUCGAAACGAAGUGGGAGACGGUCUUCUGGCAAGUCCGAUUCCGAACAUGAAUAAACUUGGACAGAGUACUCCGAGUCCUCACAAAAUCGAAAUGCUUCCCCCUCCACCUCCCCCCUCCCUGACAUCACCAGCAUUGUCUUCAUCAAGUGCUCUUCAUAGAUUCCCUCUACAGUGCCAAAAGAAAAAUAAUAAGACGAAAAAGAAAUGUCCUUCACAGCCGAUGAAGACGAUUGUGGGCCCUUUGAGUAACAGAUCAGUUAACAAUAACCAUAAACUGACAGAAUAUUUCCCUGUCCGCCGCAGUGUGCGCAAAACUAAAAAGACUGUAUUGGAAGAGAAGCAAAGGUGCCUGGAAGAAGCAGUUUUAGCCAAACAAGAAGAAGGUCUUGAAGUCCACAUGUUCGAGGGCAAAGGCCGGGGUGUAGUCGCAGUUCGCCCCUUCUACAGAGGUCAGUUUGUGGUGGAGUACGUCGGGGAACUAAUCUCCAGCGAAGAAGCCCGAGAACGCGAGCAAGUUUAUUCCCAAGAUCAGAACACUGGAUGUUAUAUGUACUACUUCAAACACCACAAUGUUCAGUAUUGUGUGGAUGCGACAGCGGAAUCUGACAGACUCGGAAGGCUGGUCAACCACUCUCGUAACGGCAAUCUGACCACCAAGACUGUGGUCAUUGAAAAUGUUCCUCACUUGGUGUUGAUAGCCAAGGAGGAUAUCCAGCCUGGAGAAGAGAUCACUUACGACUAUGGAGAUCGCAGCAAAGAAUCUCUAAGAUACCAUCCCUGGCUCGCUACAUAAGUCUCAGUCAAUGUUUGUCUUUUAAAAUGUAGGAUCUCAUAUAAGUUUAGGCACCCGACUGAAUUGAGGACUGUAUUUAAAAAUAGACUGCAAACUUGAUCUAUAUUAGUCAACAGGGGGGGGGGGAUAGUUUGAUUUUAAAGCCAAAAUAGCUUAAAUAGCUAAUUUUACAUUAAUUUGUAUGAGACGACUGAGUGGAUAUUUUAACAUUUAGAAUAGCUUAAAUUGACCAUGAUUUUCUUCAGGGUAGUUGAAUCAUGCAUACAUAAAUUUUAUGAAGGAAAUAGAAAAUAUAUUGGUAAUAUUCAAUUUGCAAUGACGGGUUUCAGAUUUUUAAAUCAAAAUGGAUUAAACCGCUAAUUUUUCAUUGAUUUGUACAAGACAAAUGAGACGACCUUUUAACAUUUAGAAUAGCUUAACUCGAGCAUGAUUUUGUUCAGGGUAAUUGAACCGUGCUUACGUUUUAUGAAGGGAACAGAAAGGAAAUAUAUUGGGAAUGUUCAAUUUUAGAUUUAUAAGUUGUGUUUUCAAAUGCUUUUUACAAUUUUAGUAUUAUUUUAGAUUUUCUAGUUUUAACUAUUUUAUAAGGCUUUUUGUGUUAUUGUAAGUAUAGACUGUUUAGGGUUGAAAGAACGAAGGUAUAUUUUAAUAUUAGACUUUCUUCCAUAUUAACAGAAGUAUGCAGCAGACCUACCUAUUUCUUAUUCAGCCAUAUACUUUUAGCUAUAUUUACAAUAUUACCUUUUAAUGUUUGUUAAGACCAAAAAAUUACUUUUACUAUAUACACAAUUUAUUGUUUACUGUUAUAAGACUAAAAAUAUUCAUCUUUGUAUUUCCACAACACUUUUGUUGGUUAUAAGUUUUUUUCUUGUAAACUGAAUUAACAACACUGACUAAAAAAAAACUCAUGUCUUUUAUUGUUUUGGUAAAUAAGGAAUUAAACUUAAUUAAAUUACUUAUGAUUCCAAUACCAACAGAAAAACAUGAAAAAGAACAAACAGAGCCUUAAACAAAUGACAAAGAUGAUAUAUCAUCUGAUCUACAACUAAUAGUAAAUUAAGUGCUGCGAUAGGAAAUGGUUCUGCUCAACUGCCAUAUGAUCAAUUCAUAUAUAAAGCAAGAUGGAAGUCGCUCCUCGAGGAGUAAACAAAACCACAAGAUGGAAGGAAAGGUGGCACGGUACAGGGCAAUGAUGUUACAACCUUGCAUGUUAACAAACACAUUAAAAUGCAAUAAUUAAGUUGAAAAUUUGGUGACUAUUCUGCAAGAUUAAAUAAACAAUGACUAGUUACUCUACUCAUACUCCUCUUGAAGUAGAAAAACUCCUGGAUGGUAGAUAUCUUAUUAAUGAGUAAAGAAGUCCAAAGAAACUGCUGCAAUCACUAAAGCAAACUUGGUUUCAAAUUGACAGAAUGAUACAUUACGAUGCAGAAGAUGAAAUGGAAAACCUUACUGCAAUUACAAAAUGAUAUACUCAAAAACAACCCCACAAAUACAAUUUUGGUCUUUUUUAUGAUUAAUCUCCUCUAGUCGAGGACAAACAAAUGAAUACAGUAAAGCAUCAAUUACCUAACCAUCUCUUCAGUAAAAUGGCUUUAAAACGUAUAAACGUAUGUUUUGUUUUUCAUGCUAGACAUUAUUCAUUUUGUAGUUCAGGUUUUAACUCAAUGUUGAUUGUUGAGUGCAUGUUAACUCUCCUGUCCAUACAAGACUUCACCAUCUUGAUUUCAUUUCUUUUGUUAGCAACCUUAACCUUUAAUAAAGUAAACUUAACACGUUGAGUGCGGCCGUUCCUGAUCGGGUGCGGUGCUCGGCCCCCGUACGGUACGGUGCGUCCGUACCCGAUCGGGAACGCUCGGCAAUGCCUUAUGUAUAUCUUCGUUUUUGCUCUAGCGUCGGUCGAUACUGAAAGCGGACCUAUACCACGUUAGCUUGUAGUGUGUGACUUGCAUUUUGUUGUGGUGUAGGUUGGUAUUAAAUUUCCCUGUAAAAUCCCCGUCUGGCAAGCUUAAAAAUCAACUUUUUGUCCUGUCUUUUUCCCUUCAUUUGGCUAUACAAUUCCAAUGGGACCCGCUAUGUUCCAAGCAGUGCUGCUAUCUGUGGGUGUUUAGCGAACUACGUCGACUCUCGUAAAGCAGGACAUCCCCACACGUUAUUUGCUAUUCGUCACACCGAAAUUGGAAAGCAAAUCACACGCGGCAAUCGGGUUUGUUCGACGCUGCGGGCUGCGUCACACUGGGGAUACGCCUGCCAUUUGACGUGCCGCAGCGAAUGUGUUAAUUAACUUUCAGUCUUCUUUUAAGUGUAUUUGUAAAAAAUAUGUUAAACGUUUUAUUUGUUGUUAUAUCUUUGGAACGUAUUUUAUUCACUGUAUAUGUAAUUUUUUUUUAUUAAAGGGUUUAAUUUACAUGUUAUAGCCCACUACUAAUUGAUACAUGACCAGUUUCUUCAAUUAUAUGUAUAAAUUAGGGCUAUAAUUGAAUCAAAAUUAAAUUGAUUAUCUGAAUGAUGCCUUGCAACAAUAAGUCCGGAUAGUUGAUGCUUUACUGUAACAGUUAUCCAAAAAAUACUUUUAAAUGAUCCCCAAAUAUAAAUAACAAUGAUAAAUACAAUCAAUACUUCACUAUAAAUAGUAAAUGAAGAGCUGCACCCAAUAUCUGGCACCCAAAUUACUAUUGAUUCCAAUAAUGACACUUCCAUCACUAGGUUCAGCAGAGAAAGGGCAAAGAACAUGAAACACCCUAAACAUACAACACCAAUGAUAUAUCAACUGCUUUCUAUUAUCUUUUGUUAUACUCCUUGAAAAGGUUGUCAACAAUAUGUUAGGAAGUACAAUUUGCAGUUAAGGUUUGUGUAUAUCAAAUACGUAGUUGACUGUGUAUAAGUAAUUCACCCUGUAAUUGUAUCCGUAGCAGGUAAUUGUUAUUUAUCUUAUUCUUUUAUUGUAAGCGUAUUACUCAAGUACAGUUGGAACUCUUUUUAACUGGCUUAAAACAACCAUGUACAGAGAAAACAACUCAACUAAGUCCAAAUAAGAAUUAAUUGUAUGACACAAAUUGUUUUAACACGUCAGUUAUACAGUUUACUCAAUUCCACUACCUUUCAUCAGUCGACACUAAGUAUUCAAACUUAGCCUAUGCAGCCGAUCGCAGGACUUUACUGGUUACAGACAAUAGAGCACCUACUGUUGGACCUUUUAUUGAAUUUUAGUCCAUUUUAACGCAUUAUUUAUUUUGUUAAAACAUUUUAUGUGGAUACAUGUUGCCCUUUUACAAGUGUAUAUUUAAAUAGUAGUGUUUAUUUUUGUGUGUAUUUUUGGUUUGAAGUUUGUAACAUUGUGUAGCGUUUUUGUCCUGCGUGUCUCACAUAGGAAGGAACAUCAUCACAUGCACCUGACGCACCAAAGCCAAAGUAUAUUAUCGAUCCAGUUGUUGUUUUGUAUAUAUGAACCUGUGCCUAAAACUAACUCGCUUUGAUGUGUUUGGUGCUAAACAUGUUCCUCCAAGUAUACUUGUUUUUUUACAUUUGAAACUAAUACUUAUAUGGUAAACAAUAAUAUAUAACUGUUACGUGCCAGGUGAUGACGUUAAGUAUAAGCCUGUUUUGAGGAUUAAACUAGGUUUUGUUAUUAUUGUGGACAUUGCUAAUGUUUUGGAAUUGUGUACGGUUAAAUAAUUUUCUUAGGUAGUUUAACUAUUUGUCAGUUUAGUAAGAUUCAGAUAUUUUCUCUGUACUCUACGACCUAAAAGUAGUAUGGCUAAUUAACGACUGUGGGCCAUAAAAUGCUCAGCCCUCUGACAGAGUUAUAUUAGUGAUGGCCACAAUUAUUGUUUGUUCAUGGUUUGUAUGUUAUUUAAUAAGUGUUUGAGGACGACUUGUAAAUAAAUAUAUCAUUAUUAAUAAGCUGUUUAAAGUAGUGAUAUGAUUACGUAUUAUGCUUCUAACAGUAAAAUAUAGUGAAGUAAUAUUUAUAAAUGCUUUUGAUUCUAACCUUACAAGGCACCUAGUAUAGUAAUGGGGACACAGAUUUCUUAUUUGAAGAAACUCGCUUGGUUAGAAGUGAAGAAAUAUAAUAUAUGUUUUAAAAGUGACAGAUAUUACUACUAUUUUUUCCCAUAGCAAGAAAUUCCUCUGUUUACAAAUUUAUGGUUUGAUGGUGAUAGUAAACCUGUUAAAACUUGCUUUACUUACUGUUAAUUAUAAUGAAUAUGAAGUACUGAUUUUUUUGUAGAGCAUUGACUAUGACUAUAACUGCAGUCCGGUAGGAUGUUGAUAAAAUACAGACCAUAGAUAUUUUCUUCGAUAAAAUAUAGGUGAAAUUUGUUUGUAGUCUUUUAUAUGUUUAUAAGGAUAGUACAUAAAUAAAUAGUGGCAAUUUUUACUAAAAUAUAAAAUGUAAAAAUUAGGCAAAUGUUCAAUUUCAUCUUUUGAUUGGCCUGAAGUAAUCAUUUUUCCUUCAAAUAUAAUAUGAACAGAUUCAGUACCCCAUAGGUGUAAAUUAAAUCAUGUAAUACAUAUUUAUAUGUAUUUCAUAAAUAUAAAAUUUUUAGUUACAAUAAUAGGCGACAGUAAAGAGUUAUGGAAGUAAAUAACUUAUGCUGUAUAUUUACUAAUGAAUAAAGAUGUUUUGAAUUGAAUUACUAUUGGAUAGCAACAAUAGUAGUUUGUAAUAUUUUUGGGUAAACUAUCUAAAAACUUACCCCUUCCUGACUUGUAAUUUUUUUUUUUCAUUUGUUAUAUGCUAAUCUAAGAUUUUAGCUCAUAAAAAUAUGCCCAUCAGCCCAUUCAUAUUUCUCAUUGGCUUUACAAGAAUGUAUUGUUAGUACUUUAACCACCAGAUUUUGUUCAACAAUACCAUCCGGAAUGACUUUGUAAUCCAACAGUUUGGCUUCCAAUAGUUUAAUUAGAAAAGGUCUCUAUAACAUUUAAAAAUUUUAAAUUUAUUAUGUAGGUACUAAAAUAUACUUCAGUCACUUUAACGACUAAUGAGGCACUAAUUUUUAAAAGAAAUAAACAUAAUCUCAAGAACAAUACAGCCAAAAUAUGCCUAACCAGUUUGUAGUAGUAAGUAACUUGUAAGACUAUAUAAUAAUUAAUUUAGCUUUGAACUAGUAAAUCAAAUGACUGCAGUCUGCAGAGAACUAGCUAUAUUUUUUAACUAAGCUUUAUUUUGUUUGUUUUGAUUGAAAUGGUAAUUUUUUCAAUAAUCAAAUCCCCUUCAAUUCUUUUGUCAAAUAUCUUAAUUGAAAACAUAUAAUUUAUAGUAGGUCCAAACAAAAUGGUGUGGGAUUUAGCUACCUCUUUUAUAAUGUGAUCUGUUUGGGCCUUUGCUGCAAAAUGUGAAUGACAAAUAGAACAUAUUUGUUGCUAAUCAACAAAAUAAAAUACUCUUACUAUUAACAAAGUUGUUAGCUUUGAACAUUAUGUCAAUGUUUCCUACAUUUAAAAUUUAUUUUAAUGAGAACCAGAACACUAAUUUAUUAAAAGGCAACAAUUGCUUUCAUCCAAACAUUUUUUAUCUGUACCAAUUUAGUGUAAACAUUUUUAUUAUGAGUGGCAAAUAUAGGUCAGUUGACCUUAUACAUUUUUCAAAGAACAUUAAAAUUUUUAAUGUUUUGUUAACCUGUACGUUUUAGCAAAACUAUCCUUAUCUCUUUGUCAUAUUUUUGGAUUUUGAUACUUGUUUAACAAGUUUCUACUAUUUAACAUUAUUCGAGUCAACUGUUAUUCAACAAAUAACAAACUUGUAACCUAAAAUUAUAAGUCUGAAAAUCUAGUUAUGUGUGGAGGGGUCUACUAUUGUAGACAAAAAUUGGAUAUAAUAUAAUAUAUAUUUUCAAACUUUGUCCAAUAAAUAAUAUGCCAUUAAGGGCAGGAAACUUAGUGUUUAGUUUACUAUAUUAAUCACGUGUUAGGAUUAUCGUGUAACGCAUUGGUGUGCUUAGGCUGUAGUCAAUGCACUUGUAAAACUUAUUUUGAGAAGAUAAACACCACCGUAGUUAUCAGAACUUCUCUGAUAUACUAGCAUGUCAGUUUAUCUGUUAGAUAUAGUUUAAAGUUAAUCAAAGUAUUCAUUUGUCAAAAUAUAUUGUAUUUUCUUAAUAGCUUAUUUAUUUUUUUGCAGAACUACGAAGUUUUUAGUUGUUUUACAUUGUGUUGUUCCUUGACACACUAAAAGUAAAUAAAG